UGUGCGUUUUCGACUCUGUGAAUUCUAUCGAGUUUUCGUUUUGUGUCAAAGUUGCCGGCUCGACUCGAGUGGCACGCCGAGACCUUAAGAUGGGGUCUUGCGGAAAGCUUCUGCUGGCCCUUAUCUUUACGUUCGCCACAAAGGUCUUGUGUGAAGAUGAUACUACCAUGGGACCCAUGUUUAUCAAAGAACCAGAAAACCGAGUGGAUUUUUCAAAUACUACCGGAGCUAUUGUCGAAUGUACUGCUAGAGGUAGUCCUAGGCCUGAAAUUAUUUGGAUACGUGCUGAUGGUACUGCUGUUGGAGACGUACCUGGUUUACGACAAGUCAAAGGAGAUGGAAAUUUGGUAUUUCCACCUUUUCGAGCAGAAGAUUAUAAGCAAGAAGUGCAUGCACAAGUUUAUAUUUGUAUGGCUAAAAAUCGUGUCGGGGUAAUACAUUCUAGGGAUGUAAAUGUCAGAGCUGUUGUAUUACAAAAUUAUAUUACUGGAGCCGAAGAUGAAUAUGUAAUACUUGGUAACACUGCAGUGAUUAAAUGUAAAGUACCUAGUUUUGUAACAGAUUUUGUUUCAAUUGAAUCUUGGAUGUCUUCUGAUGGUCAAGAAUACCGUUAUUUAAGUGAUAGAUAUGUUGUAAAUCAGAACUAUGAGUCCGAAUUGAUGCCUACAGAAUAUGUAAUACGAGGAAAUUCAGCUAUACUAAAAUGUAGCGUGCCGUCGUUUGUAGCUGAUUUUAUUACUGUCGAAUCUUGGGUAACAAGUGAAGGUCAAACGUAUACUAGAGAUUCAACUGAAAUGGUAAUUCAAAAUUAUGUCACUGAAGCCGAAAAUGAGUAUGUGAUACGUGGUAAUACCGCGAUAGUUAAAUGCAAAAUCCCCAGUUUUGUUGCCGAUUUUGUUUCAGUGGACGCUUGGAUAGCCGACAAUGACACUACUUUUACUGUUCAUACGAUAUUUAAUACAAAUAACAAUAAUAAUUAUGGUAAAUAUUUGGUUUUACCUUCUGGAGAAUUGCAUAUUCGUGACGUAACACCAGAAGAUGGAACUAAGUCUUAUCAAUGCCGAACUAAACAUAGAUUAACUGGAGAAACAAGACUUAGUGCUACUAAAGGAAGAUUAGUUAUUACAGAUCCCCAAACGAGUAUUUCACCAAAAAUUAAAAAGGAAGAACUUGCCAUUUUAAUUGGAAAACCAUUUACAAUCGAAUCUCAUGUAUCAAUGGUUUGUUCAGCCCAGGGAUUCCCUGUCCCUUAUUUUCGGUGGUACAAGUUUAUUGAAGGAUCAAAUAAAAAACAAGCAGUGACAUUAGAUGAUAGAAUUAAACAAGUUUCUGGAACAUUGAUAAUACGUGAAGCUAAAGUAGAUGAUUCUGGAAAAUACUUGUGUGUUGUCAAUAACUCUGUUGGUGGUGAAAGUGUAGAAACCGUACUGACAGUUACAGCUCCAUUAAAUGCAAUUGUUGAACCUACCAUACAGACUGUGGAUUUUGGAAGACCUGCUACUCUGACUUGCAAUUAUGAAGGAAAUCCGGUAAAAACUAUUUCUUGGUUGAAGGAUGGUAAACGAUUGAAUUCUCACGAUGGAAGAGUAUUAAGAAUUGAUUCUGUACGUAAGGAAGAUAAAGGAAUGUAUCAAUGUUUUGUAAGAAAUGAACAGGAGAGUGCUCAAGGAAGUGCUGAACUUAAAUUAGGAGGAAGAUUUGAGCCACCUCAUAUUAAAGAAUAUUUCAAUGAUAACACUAUGCAGCCAGGAGUCUCUUUGCACUUGAAAUGUAUUGCAUCAGGAAAUCCCACUCCUGAAAUUAACUGGGAAUUAGAUUCCAAACGCCUUAGCAGCACAGAAAGACUUCGAAUUGGACAGCAUAUUACAAUGGCAGGAGAAGUAGUUUCGUAUCUUAAUAUCUCUUCAGUCCACACUAAUGAUGGUGGUCACUAUAGAUGUGUAGCCGUAUCAAAAGUUGGUACUGCUGAACAUACUGCACAUCUCAAUGUUUACGGUCUUCCUUUUAUUAGACCCAUGGAUAAGAAAAAUAUUGUAUCAGGAGAAAAUCUAUUCGUUACUUGCCCAGUAGCUGGAUAUCCAUUGGAAUCAAUUACAUGGGAAAGAGACAACCGACAACUUCCUAUCAACCGCAAGCAAAAAGUAUUUCCUAAUGGCACUUUGAUUAUUGAAAACGUCGAAAGGUCUUCAGAUCAAGCUACUUAUACAUGUGUUGCUCGAAACGCUCAAGGACAUACUGCUAAAGGAAAUCUUGAAGUACAAGUGAUGGUAUUACCAAAGAUCGUACCGUUUUCAUUUGGUGACGGCCCGGUAAAUUCUGGUGAAUCAAUUCAAGUUGUGUGUUCGGUUUCAAAGGGUGAUCGUCCGAUGUCAAUAACUUGGAGUUUUUAUGGUGAAGCGUUAUCAUCCGAUAUGGGUGUAACCACACAAAUGUUGGGAGAUGCAACUAAUUUUUUGUCUAUUCCUUCGGUCGGUCCUUCAAAUCAAGGAAACUAUACUUGCAUCGCUAAGAACAAUGCUGGAAUCGACACAUAUACUUCACAGCUUGUGGUCUACGUUCCUCCCAGGUGGAUACUUGAACCUACUGAUAAAGCCUUUGCGCAAGGAGGUGACGCAAAAAUUGAAUGUAAAGCAGAUGGAUUCCCUAAACCACAAGUAACAUGGAAAAAAGCUAUUGGUAAUUCUCCAGGAGAUUAUAAGGAUAUUAAGGAUUUAAAACCUGGCAGUGAUGAUAUUAAAGUUGACGAAGGAACAUUAUCUAUUCAUAACAUUCAAAAAAAUCAUGAAGGUCACUAUUUGUGCGAAGCUGUUAACGGAAUUGGUUCUGGAUUGUCUGCAGUGAUUACAAUCAGUGUACAAGCUCCACCACAUUUUGAGAUAAAAGCAAGAAAUCAAACUUCUGAAAAGGGACAACCUGCUGUUUUGGAAUGUAUGGCAAAAGGAGAGAAACCUAUUGGCAUUGUUUGGAAUAUGAAUAACAAACGACUAGAUGCUAAAGAAGAAGAAAGAUACACAAUACGUGAAGAAAUAUUAACAGAUGGAGUAAAAUCAGACUUGAGCAUUAAGAGAUCUGAACGAAUUGAUACUGCUGUUUUUACAUGUGUUGCUACUAAUUCAUUUGGAAGUGAUGAUUCAAGUGUUCAACUUAUUGUUCAAGAGGUGCCUGAGAUUCCUUUUGGAUUAAAAGUAUUGGAUAAAUCUGGCCGAACCGUUCAAUUGUCUUGGUUAGCUCCAUAUGAUGGAAAUUCACCUAUCACUCGUUAUAUUGUUGAAUAUAAAUUGUUGAAAAGCACUUGGGAAACAGACGUUGAAAAAGUUGAAGCCACGGGAGAUAAAACUGAAAUGAGUGUAGUAAGUCUUCAUCCAGCUACUACAUACCAUUUUAGAAUAGUUGCAGAAAAUGGAGUAGGUGUUUCUAAACCUUCAGAUCCAGUUACCAUAAUUACGUCAGAAGAAGCACCUGGAGGAAAACCAACUAACAUUCAUGUUGAUCCUAUUGAUGAAAAUACUCUAAAGGUAAUGUGGAAAGCUCCAGAACGUAGUGAUUGGAAUGGUGAAAUUCAAGGAUAUUAUGUUGGAUAUAAACAAUCAUCAUUGGUUGAAAACAAAUUUGUUUUUGAAACUGUUGAAUUCAGUAAAGAAGAAGGAAAAGAACAUUAUUUGGAAAUAUUUAAUCUCAAAACAUAUACCCAGUAUACAAUAGUAGUGCAAGCUUUCAACAAAUUAGGCGCUGGACCCAUGUCUGAUGAGAUUAAACAAUACACUUCUGAAGGUGUACCAGAACAACCACCACAUGAUACAACUUGUACAACUCUGACUUCUCAAACUAUUAGAAUUUCUUGGGUAUCACCACCACUAAGUACAGCUAAUGGAGUUAUUAAAGGUUAUAAAGUGAUUUAUGGACCUAGCGAUUCUUGGUUUAAUGAGAGUACAAAAGACACAAAAAUUACAGUAUCGAGUGAAACUAUUUUACAUGGUCUUAAGAAGUUUACAAAUUAUAGUAUGGAAGUAUUGGCAUUCACUGCAGGUGGAGAUGGUGUUCGUGCUCCUAGAAUAUAUUGCCAAACUGAACAAGAUGUCCCAGAAGCUCCAGCCGCUCUCAAAGCCUUGGUCAUGUCUACAGAAUCAGUCUUAGUCAGUUGGAAACCUCCUGCUGAGCCUAAUGGAGAUGUCAAUCAGUACACUGUUUACAUUAAACCAAGUGGUGAUAAUAAAGAUAAAGAACCAUUGGUACAUAAAGUUGCUCCAAAUCAGAUGAGUUUUGAAGCAUCUGGUCUGAUUAAGCAAGAUCCUUAUGAAUUUUGGGUCACAGCAUCGACUAAUAUUGGUGAAGGACAACCUACCAAAUCAAUUGUUAUUGCCCCUAGUACUCGAGUUCCUGCUAUGAUUGCAUCUUUUGAUGAUUCAUUCGUUGCAACAUACCGUGAAGAUGUAAAACUUCCGUGUUUAACUGUUGGCGUACCUGCCCCAGAAAUUUCAUGGAAAGUUAAAGGUGCACCCCUUGAGAGCAAUGAUCGUAUUCGUCAGUUACCUGAAGGUUCCCUAUUAAUUAGAUCUGUCACUAGAACUGAUGCUGGAGAAUACUCCUGCUUUGUAGAAAAUUCAUUUGGAAAAGAUAAAAUCACACAUCGCAUUGUUGUCUUAGCACCACCUCACAAACCAGAAGUUUCUGUUGGAGCAACAACAUCUAAUACAAUAACAUUAAAUUUAAAGCCUCAUGCUGCUGAUAAAGAACCUAUUCAUGGAUAUACAAUUAAAUAUAAACCUGAAUUUGGCGAUUGGCAAACAGCUCAAGUAGCUGCAAAGGCUGAUAAAUUUACAUUAGAAAAUUUAUGGUGUGGUUCUCGGUAUCAAAUAGCUGUUACUGCAUACAACUUAAUUGGCACUGGUGAUGAAUCAGAUUUAUUAAACACAAAAACCACCGGUUCAAAACCUAAAAUUCCAGAAGCAAGUAAAUUUAUUGAAGUAUCGGCAACAAGUGUAACACUACAUUUAAAUGCAUGGUUGGAUGGUGGUUGCCCUAUGCUAUACUUUGUAGUGGAACAUAAAAAAAAAUUGCAAUCUGAAUGGACUCAAGUUUCAAAUAAUGUAAGACCGGGAGGAAAUUUUGUUGUACUUGAUUUAGAUCCAGCUUCAUGGUAUCAUUUAAGAGUAACUGCUCAUAAUAAUGCUGGAUUUUCUGUUGCUGAAUAUGAAUUUGCAUCACUGACAUUAAGUGGAGGUACUAUUGCUCCCCCUGCACAAGAUGUCACAUCCAUCUAUACAUACUUACCAUGGAUACCAAAAUGGAUUGACUUAAAUGUAGUGGUGCCGACUGCUGCAACAAUUAUAGUCAUUAUUGUUGGUAUAAUUGUGGUUUGUUUUGCUUGGUCUCGUAGAGUUCAUGAAAAUGGACAAACUAGAUUGAGAGAUGAUAUGACCGUUUAUAAUCAAUCAAUGAUUAUGGGAGGCAAUACACUUGACAAGAGGCACGCAGAUUUCAAUGAUGAACUUGGUUAUAUAGCACCUCCCAAUCGCAAACUUCCACCAGUUCCUGGUUCCAAUUACAAUACAUGUGACAGAAUUAAAAGAGGUUUUCCCGGCCCCUACCACGGUCACGGUACAUGGAACCCUAGAGCACGUCAUAUGUAUGAAGAACUAAAUGGUAGUAAUCCUAGGUGUAGGGGGCAUUUGCCCCCAUGUCCAGGGUCCGACGAGACAAUGUACACAAGGUGUAGAGGAAUAGAUGGUGAAGACAUCUGUCCAUAUGCUACAUUCCACUUACUUGGUUUUCGUGAAGAAAUGGAUCCUUCAAAAAUUCCAUUCCAAACAUUCCCACAUCCUAAUGGACAUUGUGGUACAAUUGGACCCGGUGGAACUAUAGCAAGUAAUGGUCUCAUGCAUCAAUGCCCAGGAACCCAAACUAUGCCUCGAAAUGGACGUUAUUCUCGUGUAGGUGGAGCUAAUUCCAUGUUUUCACCUGAGUAUGAUGAUCCUGCCAAUAUGGGAGAUGAAUAUGGUAGUCAAUAUGGACAAUAUGGAGCUCCUUAUGAACAGUAUGAAAGUCGUGCAUCAAUGGCUGGACGUAGUAUUGGAAGCCCAGAACCACCUCCACCUCCACCUCGUAAUCAUGAUCCAAAUGUUAGCAACACAAGUAAUGAAGCUAAUGACUCCAAAGACAGUAAUCAAAUUUCUGAAGCAGAAUGUGAUCAACAUCAACAAUCAGCUACUCAAAGUUAUGGUGCGCAUUUGAAGGGCAAUACCAAGGAUGGUAUGACCACAGAAGAACUUCGAAAACUCAUAGAAAGAAACGAAGCCCCAGCAGGACAACAACGCCUCCAAAGCGGAGGGCUCACAACCUACGAUACUAUGGCAGUGUAACCUCUAGUCAGCCUACAACCAAAAUAUUAAUAUUUAAAAUUAUUUCCAAAAAUAAAAAUCCUUUUCCAAAAAUAUUUGUACUGCACUUUUAACUAUAAAACAUUUUUAACAGAUUUACUUAUGCACAUAAUGUGAGUAAAACAAUAUUAGAUUCUGAUAACAAUGUCCCAAUUAUGAGUGUUUUAUACAAUAAGAAUCCUAAGUGUUGUGUCUUUUUUUCGCUUUAGUGGUUUAGAUGUUUAAAAUAAUGUCCUAUUUUAAAAUUUAAUUUUAUGUAAAGAUCUGUGAAUAUUAGGUUUAUUUAAUGUAUUUUAGUAGACAUUUUUAGCUUAAUGUCCAUUAAUUUACCAAACAAAAAAAAAAAUUUACAAUAUUAAGAAUUUUAUAAUUUUAUUAAUAAUAUUCCGCUAAAUAUAUUUUUUGAGUUCCUUUUACACGAGUACAAAAGUAUUGAUGCGCCAUUUAUGAUGUUUCAGACAAAUAUUAGGUAUUGGUUUAUAAACUACAGUAAUCAAUUUAUUAUAUUUUAUAUAGUUAAGAUGUAUGCUUUUCAAAUAUAUUCAAGUAUAAUAUACUAUUAUUAUUAUUUCUAAAAUUUAGAACAACGUAAAUUCUCUCUUCCCUUUUCUAUAUUUUUUUUAAAUAAAUUUUCAUAUUGAGAAAUAUUUUUUAGUUCCUAGUUCAAAAUAUGUGGCUCUAAACUUCCUUUAUGCUCUUCCACUUUCUCUAAAUUCAAACCACUAAGCGUGAGGUGAUUUAAAAAUUGUACUUCUUUGUAUUCUUUCAAUUAUUUAAUUUUUAGACAUUUAUUAUUGAGAAACUAAUGUACAAUGUUACUUCAGUAACAUAUAAACAAUAGUUUUUUUUCUUAUUUUGUUAAUAUUUUAUUUUAAUGGUGCAUACAAUAUUAUAGUUUUGUAAACAUAUUUCUUUAUUGUCUUAUAAUUACCAAUUUAUAUUUAAUUUAAGUAACCUGAUAUUUUAUUAAUUUUACUUCAGCUUUGUAUCGUUGUUUUAUUUUUAUAAUUUAAGUUUGAUGUUUACGUUGAGUGUUUUGUUCAGAAAAAACAUAUGUAAUCAUAAUAUUAUAAUAUUGUGUUAGAUUUAGUGACAUUUGUAGCCUUCUAAAAUAUAAAUAAGUACCUAGUUCAGAAACAUACAUUAGAAAUCGUAUUUCUACUAUUUGUAGAAUAUUUUUAUCAACUAUUUAAAUAUUUUAGAAAAUCUUAAAAGUUAAAUAAUACCCGGAAUACUAAUUUAUUAUUAUUUUUUUUUACUAAAUAUUGCUCAAGUUUUUUAUUUUACUCCAUUCAAAAUAUCCAACAAUAAAUCCAACAAUUAAAUCAUUUUUCACACAAUAAUUUUUCCUUCAUAAUUUAAAAUUAUUAUCUUAUCUUUAUAACUAAAUUAUACCUUUCUUUAGAUUUUAUCAAAUUACUAUAAAAUAGGUUCUAAAAAAUGACAAAUUAAAAUAAAACCUAGUGCCAAAAUUUGCUUUGUGUUUGAAAAUAUGGAAUUUAAAAAACUUUAAAUUUAUAGAGUAAUAAUUAAUAAAUUAAAAUUAAAAACACAUGUAUUAUUAUAAUGGUAAUGAAUCAAUUUUAUACCAACUUAAAUUAUUUGUGUGAUUUUUAGUAUUUUAUUAUUAGGGAGCAGAUUUGAUAAAAGUUUGUCUUAAAAAUAUUCAAUAGAUUUAAAAAAAAAAUAAGUUAACUUAUCUUUUAAAACAUAUUUAAAAUUUUAAUAACAAUAAGGUGUUUCAUCUGUUGUGUAGUUGUAAUCUAGAGAUCUUAAAUUUAUUCGAUGAGUUGAAAAGUAUAUUAAUAAAAAUUGUUAAUUUAAUAGAAAAAUAUCUGUUCCCAAAUUAUUAUAUUUAUUAUUACUAUAAUAUUAACUAAUUAAAACGUUUUAAAUUAGAAAACUAUAUUAUAAUAAUGAAAACCACAGAUAACUAUAAUAAACAUUAAUAAAUGUAAACUUUAAAAUAUUAGAUAUUUUAAAUCAUGAAAAAAAUAGUUUGGUUUUCUAAUAAUUACUGAAAUACUAGAUGUUAAAACAUAAUAUAAACUAAAGGUUUUAGAAAAUACAAUUGAUUUUUUUUUAAUUCAUAUAAUAUGAUAGUUAACAAUGCCAUAAGUAAUGUUUUUCUGAUAUAUAUAUAUCUCAUGUUUAUUAUUAAUUAUUAUUAUUAACAUACAUUUAAGAUUAAACAUUUUAAAUAUUCAUAUUAUUAUCUAUAAAUAUUUUUUUUGUAAAUUGUAACUAAUACUCAGCUUUCUCGAUAUAUAAUAAUAACUACUGUAUUAACUAAAUAUUAUAUUAAUAUUAUAUUCAUACCUAUUUGUAAUGCUAUUUUACUGUACGUCUAUCAUAAUAAAAUGAUUAUUCCAUAAACUUUAA